AACGCGAUUCCUCCAGCUAUGUCCACUCAGGAGCUCUUUCUUGCUGCAGCUCGUAGAUGUUUGUCUGCUGGUAGAAAAUCUCUCUCCGUCCCUCAGACUCUGGAUUUGGCUGCUCAGGUCUCGGCUGUUGAUUUGGGACUGAAACCGGCUUUAUUGUACGACAGCAACAGCGCCGGAGCAGAUCAGGUGCAGCAGUAUUUGAGCUCUUUGCAGUCUUCCCAGCUUGUGUCUAAAUCACUUCUCACACUGGAUUUGAAUGGAAACAGUCUUAUUGUCAAUACACUUACAGUCGGAUCAAAUGUAGAACAGCUGUUGCAUGAUAACAAUGUGGCUGUUAUUGAUAUCUGCCACACGCUGGAGGAGCCCAUCAUCGCUGACUCGCUCAGAGGAGAGACACAAGAUUUACUGCUUCUCCUGAGAGGGCUUGAACAACUGAAGGAGGCUCAGGAACCUCAUUAUGUUGGUGAGAAGUCAGAUGAGUGGAACCUGUGCACAGUGUUUGGUCUUUUGUUGGGUUUCCCUGUCACUUACUGGUUUGAUCAGACCAAGAGCUUUGAAAACUGUCUGUCUAUGACUCCCCUGAUAGUAACUACAGCUUCAGCAACAUGGCAGGCAGACUCUGCAGGUCACAGGUUUUGUCUGUACUCCUUCAGCUUCCCGGCUGUGCUGCUUAAAGCGCUGCAGUCCAACCUGGAACACUGGAGGCUUUGUUUACAAGAGCGAUUUAAGCAGCAAAAUGUUCUAACGGAUCUUACGUUUUGUCAAUCCACAGUCACUCUGCCCUCAGUCUGUUUGUGAUGCUGACAUGAAAUUUGUCUUUAAAAUAAACUUAAAUGAACGUGGUUUUUACUUUA